AUCCACUGGGGUCGGGGUGGGGAUCCCGCGGGACCCGCCCGGCAGCAGGGGGGAUCCCCGGGCCGGUGUCGCCAGCGGGGGCCCGGAGCCGCGCGGCGGGCACUAGCCAUGCCUGCCCCUGUGUGCUCCGCAGUCUGGUUUUGUUCUGUGCUGGAAAUCGAUGUUCCUGAGCAAGAGCGAAAAAGGGAACUAUUAAAAGUGGAGUUUAUGGGCGAAACAAAAGUCUCUGCAGCAGGAAGACCUCAAAGCACAGUCGGGGUUUAGUAUUUUUCCUUGAGGGGCUCUUGAAGAAAUCCUGGUGAAGUCAUGGACGCUGAUGAUGACUUGGAUCUGUUGGCCUCCCUCCUGGAAGAAAAUGAAGCAACUGAGGAGGGCAAUCCUCCUGAGGAGGAUGAUGCCCCAGAGGAUGAGGGGGGAAAACCAGAUGAAUAUGAUGAGCUAUUCGAUGCAGAAGAUGAUGCAUCCUACACUGAGGAGGUCAAUGCUGAGGACAGCAUGAUUGAUGAGCAGAAGGAGAACCUGGCUACGCUGUUCGGAGAUGUAGAUGACCUGCUGGAAGAGGAGGCGGCAGAAGAAACUGUCCCCACUUCAGCUCCCAGUCAGGCAAAAGAGAAAACCAACGAAGAACUGCAAGCUGAGCUGAGAAAAUUGCAAGAACAGAUGAAGACAUUACAGGAGCAGUUGCAAAAGACUGCUAUUGGGCAGCAGUCCAGUUCAGGCCCUGAGAAGAAAACCCCUGGUAAAUCUCCCUGUCCACCUUUAAAGGAAAGGAAGGUUCAGAAGCUGCAGGAGUCACCAUGUUUCUCAGCCCAGCUGGGCAAUCCUUUACCGCCAGCCAAGCGAGGAAUCCAGAAAUCAAAAGCAUCCUCAGCAGAGAACAAGACUCCUCCUCCACAGCAAGUUGUCAGUCUGGCGUUCCAGCCUCUCAAGUCUGCCACAGGGAACACGCCCAGUAAGGUGACCAGGGAGAAGACUCCUCACAUGCCUACAUGCUCCAGUGCAACAACUCAGCCAGUGUCUGUGGAAACCUUCUCGGGACUGAGAUUAAGAAAACCCCGGGUGUCAUCGGCUGAAAUGGACAGGAAAAUGGCUAACCGGAAGCUUAUCCGACUGUCCCAGCUGAAGAGCAAACUUGCUACAGAAAAUCUGGAGGAAAUGGACUGGGUAACAUUUGGUGUCAUAGUGAAGAAGAUCACUCCUCAGAGCGCAAAUAACGGCAGAACCUUCAGUAUCUGGCGGCUGAACGACCUACGGGAUCUCAAUCAGUGUGUCUCGCUCUUCUUGUUUGGUGAUGUCCACAAAGAGCACUGGAAGACAGACCAAGGCACAGUCAUCGGCCUGCUCAAUGCUAACCCUAUGAAACCUAAAGAAGGCUCUGAUGAGGUGUGCUUGUCUGUUGACCAUCCCCAGAAGAUCCUCCUCAUGGGUGAAGCUCUGGACAUGGGCACCUGCAAAGCCAGGAAGAAGAACGGUGAUCCUUGUGCACAGAUUGUGAACCUGAAUGACUGUGAAUAUUGUCAGUAUCACAUACAAUCCCAGUACAAGAAGCUCAGCUCGAAGCGGGCAGAUCUGCAGGCUACCUUCUCUGGUGGCCGCAUUCCCAAAAAAGUUGGUCGGAAAAAUCCCAGUUUGAAGGAAAGGCUGUGUCAGGAUGGUUUUUACUAUGGAGGUGUCUCUUCAGCAGCAUAUGCAGCCUCAGUUGCAGCAGCUGCAGUACCAAAAAGGAAGAUUCAAACCACCCUCUCCAAUCUGGUCGUGAGAGGAGUUGAUGCAAUUGUCCAGGAAACCAGGCAGAAAAUUGGUGCAGCAAAGAGACCCAUGCAGUGUUCUGAGGAAUUCAAGGAACUGCUGGCACAGCCAACUUUUGGAGCACGAAACCUCUGCAAACACUGGACCAAAGCAGAUGCUGAAAAGAAGCAAGGGGCCAAGUUCCAGUCUGUGUCUGCUUCAGCACUGCUCAAGCAACAGAAACAGAAAUUGCUGGAAGCCAGAAAAAAGCGAUCUGAAGAGAUUCAGAGGCGGUUUCUCCAGAACACAAGUAAAGCUGGCAGCCCUGCUUUGCCAUCCUCCUCCAGACAGUCCUUGUUCCAUUCCCCAGUACAUGGGGCAGAGUUUCCCAAAGCUGCAAAAAUGUCAACUCCUCAGAGGCCCAGGCUGGGCACAGGCUUCUCAGAAGGAGAAGAUAUCCUCUUCUUUGAUGGGUCUCCGCCUCCAACACCAAAGCUAGACAGCUUGGCAGAAGCCAAAAAGCUGGCUGCGAUACACCGACUACGAGCAAAAGGCCAGAUUCUUGCUAAAACUGACCCAAACAGUGUCAAGAGGAAACGAGCUGAUGUUGACAGUGUCCUAGAAAUUGUUGAAAGAGUUGAGAAAAAUGUUGCUCAGCCACAAGGUACAGAAGCAGAGAAUGAUGUGGAUGAACUGGAGCCUGCCCAAAAGAAACAGCGUGAGCAGCUGGCCUAUCUGGAGUCAGAAGAGUUCCAGAAAAUCCUGAAUGCCAAGUCCAAGCACACAGAUGUCCUGAAAGAGGCUGAGGCUGAACUGCAGGAGCAAUACUUCCAGCCCCUGGUGAAAAAGGAAGAAAUAGAAGAGAAGAUGAGGAGCAUUAAAGAAGUGAAAUGUCGAGUUGUGACAUGUAAAACGUGUAAUUACACCUAUUUUAAGCCUCUGGAGACAUGUGUGCAGGAUAACCACGACUACCACUGGCAUGAUGCCAUCAAAAGAUUUUUUAAAUGUCCUUGUGGAAACCGAGCUAUUGCCCUUGACAGGCUCCCAAAAAAGCCCUGCAGUACCUGUGGCCUCUUCAAGUGGGAGCGAGACGGGAUGCUAAAGGAGAAAAGAGGUCCGCAGAUUGGUGGAGAAACACUUCUACCAAGAGGGGAGGAACAACCAAAAUUUCUCAAUAGUCUUAAGUGACCUGGAGCUGAUUUUUUUUCACAACAUGAGGAUGGAUUUCUGUGUCUUAAACACACAUUUCUUUAUUGGAGUGCCCACAGGGUUCUGGUUUUAGGGAUGAACGAGCAGGACAGUCAAUUCCUGAUGAGAAGAACAUCCACAAAGUCUCCACCAGGUCACUGUGUAUAUUCAGCUUUGAUCUUUUUAAAAUUGACUGAAUAAGGCUGCAUGUGAAAUACACAUUCUUGCCUGUUCUUUCUUGUUAACAACUUGUUUACAAGAUUUAACCUAGAAAAGAGACAUCUAGAGAGGAAUUUGUACCAAGAAAUCCUUAGGGAUCCCACAAUUUAUGUUGAAUGGCUGGUGUAGAGUGACCUCACCAGAAUUCUAAGUGCCACAAAUCAUCAUGUUCUGUGAGGACUGUAGACUCCAUAAGCACUUCUGAAGUUAAUACUGCGUUGCUUAAGUGCCAGCCUGUCCAGGUUUUUCAGCUGUUGGCCAAAAAGAGGUGUGUGAGGGUUGUCGCCACAGAAGCAGUCUUCAUUGGCUCCAAAAUUAAUCACUUUUAACCAUUAAGAACAGAUGUCAAAUGGUUCUUGAGUUGUCUCCUUGGCUUAUGUGUUUUAAAAAAACCCCUUCAGUGGCUUUGGCACUGCAAACCAGCAGCGUUCACACUGCAGUCUGUCGGGAGCAGCCCAUACCAGGUUCCCAGCACCAUCCACACUGCAGCACCAUUACGGCUACAAACCUCCAGCUCCCACUUUGAAAAGGAUUUUAAUGAAUCUGGCACUGGCUUGUGAGUGGUUUUAAAGAGCUGAGUGAUCACAUUUAAUACAUUUUACCCUUCUUCUGGCACUUUAAAUUUUCCUGAAAUCUUUCCCAGCCAUCACCAUGUCAACCUGGGCUGCUGGCACAGCUGCAUGGGGACAGUAGCUGUCUCAGACCAAGCAGGACGAGAUUUCCAAGGGAAAUCUGAGAAGGGCUGUCCUCAUACAGGCAUUUUUCUGAAAGCACUCUGUAGGAGAGAGGCCUGUGGCAUUCAGCCAGCUUUUCCUCAGCCUGAUCCUUCUGCUGCCCAGUAGUGUUUUUAAGUGCCUAAACCCACCAGUACCUCAGUGAUUUGGUGAAACUGCCACCAACAGUCUCACAUAUCCCAGUGGCCUUGUCGAUACCUCUUUUGUUUGCGUGCACGGGGGCUGGAAGAGAAGUAAGUUACUUUAUCUGAAGCAACUGGACAGAUUUACCUCAGUAUUCUGCAGCCCUCAUCUCCUACUGGUGCUUUUGCUGGGCAGCUUUUCUAGGCUUGUUGCAUUCAUUUCAGGCUCAUGUUGAUACCCUGCCCAGCAAAUGGUAUCGCUGGUAGGUGACUGUAAAUGUCUAACUGAGACAUUGCUCGGCAGUCUCCUGUUGAUUCCUCAUUCAGAAUAAAUACGGUGCACAAUAAAACA